AUGAGAUAAAUCGGUGAUUAUAUACUCUUAAAUGAAAUUGGAAGCGGUAUGUUUUCUUCAGUUUAUAAAUGCAAGCAUCUUGGAACUGAUUAGUUAUUUGCAUGCAAAAUAUUUAAGAGGGAUAAGAUGUCUCGCAAAUCAUGGAAAAAUUUGCAUGACGAAAUUUAAAUACUAGGAAAUUUACAAAGUCCUUUUAUCAUAAAGCUUAUUGAUAAAUUCAAAACUAAGAGACAUUUUUAUCUGAUACUAGAGUAUUGUAAUGGAGGGGAUUUAGAAAGUUAUUUAGAGAAAAAGUUAGUCUUAAAUGAAUCUGAAAUCCGUAUCAUAUUCUCACAAGUACUUUUAGCGAUGAGUGAUUACGAAGAAAAGCUUAAUAAAUAUCACUAAAAGGAAUUGACUAAGGAUAUAUUAGAGGUGAAAUUAGCUGACUUUGGAUUUUCAACUAUACUAGGACCUAAUGAAAUGACUAGAACUUAAUGUGGGACUCCAUUAAAUAUGGCACCUGAAGUUUUAAACGGAAAAUUUUACAAUUAUAAAGUAGAUAUGUGGAGUCUAGGAGUCUCCAUGUUUGAAGCAUUAUUGGGUUCGCCUCCAUUCUUUGGCAAAGAUAGGGAAGAGCUUACUGAUAACAUCAACUUAGGACUGAUACGCCUCUAGAACAACCUAGACAUCAGUAGCAGCUGUAUAGAUUUCCUCAGCAAAUGUCUUCAUUAUGAUCCUCUAAUGCGUAUAUCUAUUGAUCAUGCUCUUAAUCAUCCAUUUAUUAAUCUCAAAUCGCCUUAAUACAUGGAAAAAAUUAGUGUUUUUAAUAGAGGAUUUACCUAGUCAACUAAUAUUAUGAUAAAGUACUCAUCAAAAAUAAUGAAAGGAUUCUAAUACUUGAAUAUUCACGAGGGAAAGAUUUGCGAACAAAGCGGUUUGAAUUUGGAGAAGAUUAAUAACUUCUUUGAAUCCAGAAAAUCUUCUGAUGAUCUCCGAGUCGGAAUUUAUUUCGAUGAGAGCUUCUAAGGUGAGGAUUUCGAUAUUAAAGAGGAUUUUAACUUGGUAGAGUCUUAGGAGUUCUAGUUACAAUCUUUAAAAUGUCACAAUAUAAAAACGAAAUCUUCUAAACAUUUGUUGGAACCUAAAAAAUAAAGAACCCAGAAUGAGUUAAACACAAUAAAAGCAAUCCUUAAGCCUCAAGAAAUGAUAACUGAAGAAUCAAAAGAGAUAAUUGAUGAAGAUUCAGAUUCAUUAUGUUCAGAUUCGGAAGAGAACUAAUAUUUUUAUUAUGGUUAAAAUGCAAAACCUGAUGAAAGUGAAGACUUUGAAUUAAAGCCUGAAUAACUUUCAAAAUAAGAUUAGAGUUACUUGUCGCAUUAUCCCUACUAAAGAUUUCAAAGCCUUAUAAAUUAGAAUAUGGCAUAAAAUCUGCAUGCUGAUCUAAUCAGUUCUUCUUUCAUAGAAAUUAUAGAAUCUUCUCGAAUGGAGCCUCUUGUAGAGAUGGAACAGGUUCAUCAUAUUUCGAGAGAUUUUUGUGUUUCAAAUAACCCUUUCAUUAGAGAUACUAAGAAUUAUUAAAGUAGGAUAAUAUGA